UCCUUCUGUGUGGUCAGUGGUCGGUCGCUCGUGGUUUUUAGCUGUCUUAGGUUGGUUCUGGCCCUGGCCAUCCAAUUGCUUUACCUUACAAUAGGUGCAAUACCUUAGCCUAGGUGCCUUGGGUUAGUAGCUAGCCCAUGAUUUCCAUCUCUUUUUCCUCUUCUUCGAUCCUUCACCCUACUUACAUCUCUCUCACCUCACCUUUUCCUCGCCUUCACCACCUCUCUUCUUCCUUUCCCUCCCCUCCAGCUUUCUCACCUUCCUCCCGCUCUCCUCACAUUUCCCUCUUUCUACCGUCGACUCUGCUUCGUCUACGGUACAUUACAUCAGCUGUUGACGCACGCCUCCCACGCAUCGUUCUGUAAGGUAGCCCACCCGCCCGCCGCCGCCGCCGCCGCCGCCGCUUUCACAACCAGAGUGCUUGCGACCCUUGACCCCGCUAUCCCGCUUCGCGUACACGACUGCAAGAAAAAAACACACUGCACCACCUCCCCAUCUUCCUACCCCCGCCUUCUCCAGCACACUUGGACGUCUUCGCAGUUUCCACAGCGUUGACGAUAAGAUCCGAUCAGACAUAUCCUACCUUCGUCUGUUCGUUCUCCUCCAAACGAUCCGCUUCCAACUCGAAUCACGACUUCUUCUCCACGUGUACCCCGACCUAACUACUGCAAAAUGUCGGCACCUCAGGAUUCUAUUCCCGGCAACGGAAGCGACAUCCUCGAUCAGAUGGAUCAGCUUAGAAUGGAUGACCGCCUUGGCCCUGAUGGCGAACCCGCCCCUAAGACGGACGAGGAGUAUGCCCAGGCCCAGCUCACCCUUCGUGCGAUUGUCUCUUCCAAGGAAGCCGGUGUCAUUAUUGGCAAGGGCGGCAAGAACGUUGCCGAUCUUAGAGACGAGACUGGCGUCAAGGCCGGCGUCAGCAAAGUUGUGCAGGGUGUUCAUGACCGUGUUCUGACCAUCACCGGCGGUUGCGACGCUAUUUCUCGAGCCUACGCGAUUGUCGCUCGCGCUCUGCUCGAAGGUGCCCCCGCUAUGGGCAUGGGAGGUGUAGUUCAAAGCAACGGUACCCAUCCAAUUAAGCUCCUCAUCUCACACAACCAGAUGGGAACCAUCAUUGGAAGACAAGGUCUUAAGAUCAAGCACAUCCAGGAUGCUUCUGGAGUCCGUAUGGUUGCCCAGAAGGAGAUGCUCCCUCAAUCCACUGAGAGAAUAGUCGAGGUUCAGGGUACUCCCGAGGGUAUUCAGCGCGCUAUCUGGGAAAUUUGCAAGUGCUUGGUUGAUGAUUGGCAACGAGGCACUGGCACCGUCCUCUACAACCCUGUUGUCCGUACUCAGCCAUCCGGCAGCGGAAACGCCAGCGGUGGUGCAGGAUUCAGCCAAGGGUCCGGUAGAAGCGAUUAUGGUGGUAGCCCUCGUGUCAUGCGAACAGGCAACGGCGCCGAUUUCAGCAACGGUAACUCAAGGCCGUACAACCGCCGGUCCGACUCUGACGCAGCCCUUCGAGGCCCGCCAACACACGAUGAGAAUGGUGAGGAGAUCCAGACUCAAAACAUCAGCAUACCCGCGGACAUGGUUGGCUGCAUCAUUGGUCGUGCUGGUAGCAAGAUUAGCGAGAUCCGAAAGACAUCUGGCGCCCGUAUCUCUAUUGCCAAGGCACCUCACGACGAGACUGGUGAGCGCAUGUUUACCAUCAUGGGCACCGCCAAGGCCAACGAAUCGGCGCUAUUCCUUCUGUACGAGAAUUUGGAGGCGGAGAAGAUGCGCCGAAGUCAGCUCCAGGAGCCCGAGUAGGCGACUAAUGUUUUUUUAAACCUCUUUGAGUUUUGCUUUUCUCGUGUUCCUUGCGACUUGCAGAGGUCAGUUCUGGCAAGGUGAGCUGGGACACGUCCAGAUCUGACUUGCCGCGAGGCUUGUAUUUUCAUUUUCGGACGAUACCAGACGACAGCGUCACGAGCGACCAAUCCACUUGUCCAACCAUUUGGCCCCUUCCACCCAAAAACGAAACCUUUUAUCAUCAGUCAUCGUCAUCAAAUUCGUUUUCCUUUCAUGAUUCUUCCCCCUCUCGUUACCAUUGGUACGCUACAGCACCACAGUCAGGGGUCAACUUGGGUUGAUCUCGGCUCACACCUUGGUUGUCACCUGGUUCCCUCCUCUGAAUCAAUCACCCUCUUUGUGGCGCGAUACAUCGCUAUUCAAACUCUGUAGCAUAUCCAUAUGUACCAGUUUUGCUCAACCGACUUCUUGGCGAAAAGUAAUCUGCCUUCUUUGGAGGAAACGGUUUCGUGGUUCGGUGCAGCAACGCAUGGCACAGUUUUCUUUUUACGACUGUUAAACCACGUCGGGACAGCCCGACAUGGCUAUGGCUUAAUGACACAAAUUACCUCCGAAGAGCGGUUAACGAUAGGGAUAGCGCAACACUCCAGGGACCGAGAAGGGCACAUCACGGUUCCUCAAAACAAUCUCUGCCCACGCUUCGCGUCACCUUCCCCGUCUCUUUCACCUCGCACAACUGUUUCUAUCUCUUACAUCCUCGGAUCCCGACAUCGUCACGCGACCCGCGACUCCCGUCUUAUCGCUCACAUAAUUCCCAUCACUCAUCGCUCUCACACACCCCCGUGACAUCAAUUAUACUGGCUCACCCAUUGUGUAUUCUGCUCCUUGCUGGCCUGUUUCCACGACAAGGUGACUCUUUAUUCCAUGUGGGAUUUCAGAAAAGGCAUUCUUAGGUGGAACGGACUUAGCUCGGAUUCAAGAGCCAUCAAAUAAAAUCGAAAUUAUGAGCAAAGCCCGUUACUUGUCAAGUAAAUUGAAGUGAAGUCGUAUGAUUGUGGUGUUAGAUGGUAGAAUGUAUGGCUUUGCAAGUGUGGCU